AUGAGAAGCUCACUAGAUGCCACGGCCGAUGAGGCCCUGGCUAGAAUGGGCUACAAGAGCGAACUGCCCCGAAACCUAAGCAUGAUGAGCAUCCUCGGUCUGUCCUUUGCCAUCAUGGCCGCGCCCUUUGGUCUCAGUACAACCCUGUACAUCACCCUCGCCGAUGGUCUCUCAGUAACGAUCAUCUGGGGCUGGGUCUUUGUCACUCUCAUCUCCAUCGCCAUCGCCGCUUCCCUCGCGGAGAUCUGUGCAGUCUAUCCGACGGCUGGUGGUGUCUACUACUGGAGCGCCAUGUUGUCCACUCGACGCUGGGCCCCAUUGAUGUCCUUUAUUGAUGGUUGGUUGACUCUGGUCGGGAAUUGGACCGUCACCCUCAGUAUCAUCUUCUCGGGCGGCCAAUUGAUUCUCAGUGCCAUCUCCAUUUUCGAUGAGUCGUUUGUCGCCAAUGCCUGGCAGACCGUGUUGAUGUUCUGGGCCGUCAUGCUGUUCUGUGCCUUGGUCAACAUCUUCCUCUCGCGCUGGUUGGAUCUCAUCAACAAGGUUUGUAUCUUCUGGACGGCGGCCAGUGUCAUCAUCAUUAUGGUCACCCUGCUGGUCAUGGCCGAUGACCGUCGCGAUGGUGAGUUUGUCUUUGCUCACUUUGACGCAUCCACGAGUGGCUGGCCCUCCGGAUGGGCGUUCUGUGUCGGUUUGCUGCAGGCAGCAUACACCUUGACGGGAUACGGCAUGGUCGCGGCGAUGUGUGAGGAGGUUCAGAACCCACACCGCGAGGUACCCAAGGCCAUCGUGCUGUCGGUUGUGGCCGCUGGCAUCACCGGUCUCCUCUACUUGAUCCCGAUCCUGUUCGUCCUGCCCAAUGUGGAGGCGCUGCGGAAUGUGGCGAGCGGCCAACCCAUUGGCUUGAUUUUUAAGACGGUCACCGGGUCGGCGGGCGGGGGCUUUGGGCUGCUCUUCCUCGUGCUGGGCAUCAUGCUGUUUGCCGGCAUCGGCUCCCUGACAGCUGCCAGUCGCUGUACCUAUGCGUUCGCCCGCGACGGGGCCAUCCCCGGCUUCACGCUCUGGCGUAAGGUGAACCCCAAACUGGAUGUGCCUGUUUGGGCCAUCGUUCUCUCUGCGACCGUGGAUGGUCUCCUCGGGUUGAUCUAUUUCGGUUCCACCGCGGCUUUCAACUCCUUCACCGGUGUCGCGACCAUCUGUCUCUCCACUUCCUACGGAUUGCCCAUUCUCAUCUCUAUGAUCCGAGGCAGACAGGAUGUGAAGAACUCCUCUUUCUCGCUCGGUCGCUUCGGAUUCGCGAUCAAUGGCAUCACCAUCGCGUGGAUUGUUCUGGCGGUCGCCCUGUUCUGCAUGCCUGUCACGUUGCCCGUCACUCCGGAGUCGAUGAACUAUGCGAGUGUGGUCUUUGCCGCCUUUGCCAGCAUCAGUAUCUUCUGGUACUUUAUCUAUGCACGGAAACACUUCACGGGGCCCCCGGUUAGCGGUGAACAGGCACGCGCCGCCGGGGAUCUGAUGACUGGGACGGCAGUAGAUACCGAAACCGCCAUGGAGAAGGUCAAGAAGAUGUCGAGCGAGUAG